GAUGCCUAGCAGUCCCCUCUGAGUUGUCCUCCUGGUGACACCACAUCUCAAGCGUUCGGCUAGAUAAGAGGGACAACCUUGGCACCAUGAAGCUGAUCAGGAGGCAUCUGGUGAUGGGGGCUCUGCUGGGCACAGCCUUUGGGGGGCUGCUGAUACUGCUGGGGGGUCAGUUUGUAGAUUUCCAGACUCCCUCCAUGGAUUUGAAGCCCUUGGUGUCCACGGAGCCAGCUAGGGGAUCUUUGAGUCUGCCUCUAAGGAAGUUUGAGUGGCAGGCUCGGACACCACACCCCUUGGACCUGAAGUACCCUUACCCCUACCCUUUCCUACUCACCCACCCUAAUAAGUGUAAAGGUCCCAGAGGUGCCCCCUUCCUGCUCAUGCUGGUGAUGACUCGGCCCCAGGAUGUGGGGGCACGCCAGGCCAUCCGGCAAACAUGGGGCAAUGAGACCUUGGUUCCUGAUGUGGUCAUUCGCCGCCUCUUUGUUCUUGGCCUGCCCCCACCCCUUUUCACCAAGGAACUUCAUACCCUCCUGGAGGAGGAGGACAGGGAGCAUGGGGAUCUCCUUCAGAUGGGCUUCCUGGACACAUAUAACAACUUGACUCUCAAGGUCCUCAUGGGGCUGGAGUGGAUGGCCCGGUACUGUCCCAGUGCCCAGUAUGUGCUCAAGGUGGAUGGUGAUGUAUUUCUAAACCCUAGCUUUCUGGUGCGGCAGGUACUUCAGCCCUAUGGACCCCCACGGCCUGACUUUAUCACAGGUUACAUCUACAGAAAUACAGGACCUCUUCGGAAUCCAGCUUACAAGUGGUAUAUACCUCCAGAGCUAUACUUGCCGGACAGGUACCCCCCCUACUGUGGGGGUCCUGGCUAUGUGUUGUCUGGAUCUUUAGCCCUUAGGGUCCUGGCUGUGGCCCAGACUCUCAAGGUCAUCUACUUGGAGGAUGUGUUUGUGGGCUUGUGCCUACAGCGACUGGGGGUGAAGCCUACCCCUUCUCCCCCCAAAGCCUUCCUGAUGUAUCGACUACAGUAUGAAUACUGUGCCUUCCACCGACUUGCCCUGGUUCACCAAUUCUGGCCCCAAGAACUGCUGCAAAUUUGGCCAGACUUCCAGAGAGUCAAUAUGACUUGCACUGUGCCAUGAGACGAUGGAACAAGGACUCAAAUUCCUCUUGCUUCCAUUCCCACCCUACUCCUCCUCCGAGUUGAGUAAAGACAGAGGUCACUGGCCCCCUUCCAGGAGGCCUUCCAGACCAACCUCUGACCCUUAGGACAGAUGGACAAAUGAUCCCAUGGAUUUGAUUACCAAAUGAGUGUCCUCCCUUAGUCAUGGCCAAUUCUUCAGAGUUCCCUCCCCAUCCAGGCCUCUCGACAGGGAAACCCAGAAUCGAUUGUGAAUUUACCCUCACUUCUCAGGGACAGUUCUGGAUUUUAGGAGUAAGCAAAAUACUUGGAAAAAAACAAUGAAUUUGGAGGCAGAGGUCCUGGGUCAGAAUCCCAACUCUCUGUGAGUUGCUACCUAUAUGACCACAGGCAAAUCAUGUACCUUCUUUGGGCUUUAUUUUUUCCCGUAUUUAAAAUGGAAAGCUUGCUGAUCUCCAAGCCUCCUUUCAGUUCUAAGUCCUAUGGUCCUUUUCCCUAGCCCCAGUUCUCUGUAGAUAAGAUGUGCAUAAUAAAUGUCCAAAUGAAUGAAUGCAAAGAGGCAGUGUGGAGAAGUAGAACCUUUCUAAUGGGGAGUCU